CAAACAUAUAGCAGCCUAGUUUAUACAAGAGAGAGAGAGAGAGAGAGAGAGAGAGAGCAGAAAAGUAGUUUUACAGAGUUCAUCACCACCACCAUCAUCUUCUCACUCGCCGUACGUACUCUUCUACUCAAAACAGGAAGUUAGGCAUACAUACAGAGGCCUGCUUCCAUGCAGUCGAAGAUCACAUUUAACUGAAACCUACUUGGGCUUUGAAGAGUAGAGAGAAGAAUAUAAUGAUGUACCAUCAUCAUCACCACCCGCAUCAACACCAGACGAAGAACAUCCACACCUCUUCUUCAAACAGGAUGACCAUUCCUUCUGAACGGCAUAUGUUUCUGCGGCCGGAACCUUGCCCUGAAGAUUCAGCACUCGUCCUUUCAACUGAUGCCAAGCCAAGACUAAAAUGGACGCCCGAUCUCCACGAGCGUUUCAUAGAAGCAGUGAGCCAGCUAGGAGGAGCAGACAAGGCUACACCAAAAACAGUAAUGAAACUUAUGGGAAUUCCAGGGCUUACAUUAUACCACCUAAAGAGUCAUCUACAGAAGUAUAGGCUUAGCAAGAAUCUGCCUGUACACUGUAAUAGUGUUGGCACAAACAAAAUUGGUGCAAGUGCAGUUACAGUGCCAGGAGAAAGAAUAUCUGAAGUAAAUGGAACUCAUAUGAACAAUAUGAGCAUCGGACCGCAGUCAAAUAAAGGCUUACAUAUAAAUGAAACACUACAAAUGCAAAUUGAAGUGCAGAGAAGGCUACAUGAGCAGCUUGAGGUACAGCGACACUUACAGCUUCGUAUCGAAGCUCAAGGAAAGUACCUACAGUCGGUCUUGGAAAAAGCCCAAGAGACCCUAGGAAGACAGGACUUGGGUACUGUGGGACUUGAAGCUGCCAAAGUUAAACUCUCUGAACUGGUAUCCAAAGUUUCCACCCAAUGCUUGAACUCUGCAUUUACAGAGCUCAAAGAUGUACAGGGAUCGUACCCCCAAAACCCGCCAACCGAUUGCUCUAUGGACAGCUGCCUAACCUCCUGUGAAGGUUCUAAAAAGGAUCAGGAGAUUCAAAACAAUAGCAGGAUGGGACUAAGAUCUUAUAAUAGCAGCAGCAGCAGGGUACUGUUGGAAUCAGAAGAGACCAUGCUACAACUGGUAGAUAGUAACAUGUUUGUUUCCGCACUAACCAAAAAUGCAGACCAAAGAAUGUUUCCUUCAGAAGCAAGGUCUGGUGAGUUAUCUAUGAGCAUCGAGCUUGAGCUAGAAAAUUGGAACGGUAGCAACUGCAACUCCGAGGAAAGAUUCAAAGCAAGAAACACAGAUGACAGCUUCCUGGACCAUAAAAACAACAGGGCAGAUUCCGUAAAAGUUGAUCAGCCUCGGAAAGUUUCCGAUGGAUAUCGCGGGACAUAUUUAGCAGCAAAACUAGACCUAAAUUCCCAUGAUGAUACUGAUGCUUCUUCAAAUUGCAAACAGUUUGACUUGAAUGGUUUUAGCUGGAGCUAACAGGGUUCACCUUUAGUGGAGAAGAUAAAUUCCUGCAAAAGAAUAGCAUGUUGUUCUCAUCUUGUGACAGUUGAAGCUCACAGGAAUAAAUUGAAGGAUAGUAUCGAAUGCAUUUAUAACCAACUGCAUAAGCAAUUAUCUGAUACAUAUGAAUGAGUUCCACGAUUACAGACAGAAUGUAUUCAUAGCAACAUCACUUUCAAUUUCUGAUUAGGCCUUAUACAGUUAUACACACAUAUUUACUUGCUUGAUUACAUGA